AUGACAGACAUACCAGCACCCGUGGCAUCUGCAGUUGUCGUUCCUAAACAAGAUGCGCCAAACGUUAAAAGUCCCCGCAGGAAGCGUCGACAAUCAUCCGUGUCCGAAGAUGCUUCUAAACGUCUCCGAAUCUCCACCGAAGACAGCGCCAUCUCUACAUCCACUUUACAUUCCUCUUCACAAGCUUUAGAUUCUACAAAGCUUGAAUCACCUGGAAAGAAUCAACCUCUUGCUGUUUCACCAGAAACCUCGAGAAAUGAUCGUUCCGAAAGAAGACGAAGUAGCGUUCAAGAGGAACGCAAGCGUGGCCAAAGAUUAUUUGGAGGCUUGUUGAAUACUCUUAAUCAAAGUACACCAAAUGGACAACAAAAAAGGCGACAAGAGAUUGAGGCACGACAAAAGGAGAGAGCCGCGCAACGAAAAGCUGAAGCAGAAGAUAGGAAGAAAGAGAAGGCAGCGAGUCUUCAAGCGGUACGAGUGGUUGAGCAAGUGAAAUUUCAGGAAGAAUCGAUGCGAAUGCGGCAUUUGAAUAUGCUAGCUAUGGCCCAGUUUCUUUCUACAGAAACAGAGCCAAAACUGUAUUACAAACCAUGGCAAUUAUCACCCAAUAACGAAGCCAGAAUCAAGACCCAAAUCAAAGAAGUAGAGAUGUUGAUUGAAGAAGAAAAGUCACAGUGGGCGAGUAAACAUCCAGAACUAGGUCCAAAGGCUGAUGGGGAAUCUGAAGUAAAGGUGACGUCUGAUGUGAUGAUGGGUGAGCCUCAUAUGGAGUCUCCAUCUAAUUCUAACAUUGAUACUACUAAUCCAAUCUCUACACUUGUUGCUCAGUCCUCACAGGUUAAGACUGAGAAAGAUAAUCUGGAAGAGCAUAAUGGUGAGGUAGUAGUAGAAGCAGAGGAAGAUACAGUUAUUUACUGA